AUGUCUGCAAGCGCGGUGUCCUCAUUUUACCAAACGCUGGCAACGUCUACUCCGUCGCAGCCCGGUGAUGGGCCUUCGGCAGGAGAUGCUGGAUCAUCACCAGGAAGCGGAGAUUCAGCAGCUGGUGCUGCUGGAGCGGACCAUGGUUCUAUUGCAAUCUCGAGAGGCGGCAUAAUUGCAAUAAUUGUCGUGGGAGUUUCGGUGUGCAUACUUGGAGCUGUCUCGGCAAUCCUGUUUUACUUGGCCAAGAAACGAUCAUGGCAAGUCCGAGAGAGCAUUCGCAGGUCGGCAAGGAAAGUUGCGACAGCAUUGACUCCUAGGAGAUCGACAUUUCCCAAGGAUGUACAUAGCCGCUCGAAUCGAGGCUUGACGAAGAUAGCGGAAGUUCCAAGCCCGAGGAGAGCAAAUACAACGGAUGUUGAAAAAGGACACACGAAGUUGAUGUCAUUUGAAAUGGCCGAGCCUCAGUUCAAAGAGUCAAAAUGGGCAAAGAAGUUUGGCCGGUAA